GGCAGUGACGACCUGCCCACGAGAACAUGCCCCUUGUGAAGGACCUCCUGCACCCGUCCCCGGAGGAGGAGAAGAGGAAGCACAAGAAGAAGCGCCUGGUGCAGAGCCCCAACUCCUACUUCAUGGACGUGAAGUGCCCGGGGUGCUACAAAAUCACCACCGUGUUCAGCCGCGCGCAGACGGUGGUGCUGCGUGUGGGCUGCUCUACUGUCCUGUGCCAGCCAACAGGAGGAAAAGCAAGGCUCACGGAAGGAUGCUCCUUCAGACGGAAGCAGCACUAAACGCACCCUGAGUCAACAUGAGUGGGGAACUAUCCCAAUAAACAGAUUUUGGAU